CGUUUAGAAGAGCAUACAGUAGAAGCAUUAUCGUCUCUGUCUAAAGGCAACGAGGCAUUGCUGGAGCAACAGAAAUACUUGAAAGACGCUCAAGCGUCGGCUUACAAUCUCGUGACGUCGAAUUUAAGGGAAUUGAAUAACGAAAAAGCGUUGAUACGUUCGGGACACACGCAACUUGCAGCAAUGACAGACGACAUAAGAAAGAAAUUAGAGGAGGCGAACAGAAAUUUAAAACAACAAGCCAUCGAGCACGGCGAGAAUCAUAAAGAAAUACUCGAGGACUUGGUGAACAUUCAGAUGCAAGCGGAAUUGAUCUGGGAAAAGAUCGAAUCGAGCACCGAACGAAUUUUCGCUCAGCACGAAGAGGCGCUCUCUCGUUACGAGCGAACAUUAGAAAAAUUGGCGCAGAUCAACGAUACGGUGCAAUACAUUUGGAACAUAACGAACAGCAUGCGUGCAGAGGUCGACGAGAAGCUUAACUGGUUGACAAAUUACAUCGGAGACACGGGGGAACAAAUGCAUAGAAUAUAUAGAAUAGGACUGCAUGUAGUUUAUUUAUUAUGCUGCAUGGUGAUCGCUGCGUUCCUUCAUGCACCGUUGCUUACCAGGAUCACAAUUAUGGGACUUGUGCCAAUGAACCUGGUCUCUUAUUUGAAACACGGCAUGGACGCCUGCUUGGAUUUCCCAUCAAUCACUGUGUUGAUAAUACUAAUCACGAUGAUGCACUUUUUAAUGGUCGGCAUUCAACGUCUGUUCGGACCGAAACAACAAAUGCGAGCCGAACCGGUGCAAGUGAUCGAACGAAACGGCCACGCGAACGGACAUUACGUUUCGUCCUCUUAUUCAAAUCUCCAAUCCGAACAGACUCCCAAUUUAACAUUUUAUGCCAAACAGAAAAGAAAUGUUCGAGCACUUUACUAUUCCUUGAGUUACCAAAUAAAUCGAUGCAUUCGAAUAGUGCGAUCGCUAGUAGAGUCAGUUAUAUCAUGGAGCAAGCAGAGCUGGCCACAGCGCGAGGAGCUCUCUUGCUCUUACACUUCGUCGAGAAGGACUCGCGAGGAUCUUAUCCGCAACUAUGAAUCCGAGUUCCCAAGCAUAUCCGAGGACAUGACAGAUUUCGAGCAUUCGCAUUUAGUUAACGAGAGUAACGACGAUCUCGAUAAACUGAUCGAUGCCAACGAUCUGAGACGAAGAAUGCAGAGGCAAAUGAGAGGAGCGAGCACAUACUCCUCACAUCAACAAUCAUCAUCGAGGAGUGUUACUCCGUCGUUCACGACGAGGUGCGCGGCUAUAACGAAAAGCGGGAGGAAGUGUCGGAUGCAUACGACAAACGAUCGUUACUGCGCCAGGCACAUUGGUGGAUACUCUGUUACCGAGGACUGAGGAAUCUCUGAAUUGAAUGAAACGGAGCAUAAUAUUUAUCCGGAAUGUUAGACAAAUUUUAUAAUCAAUUGACUACCAAUACGAGUGCCUUUCAGUAACUGUACAUAAUUCUAGUGCGAUGUGCUCAAUGUUUACUCUAAGAUGAGAAGACAAUUAGCGACUUAAUGUUUAUGUAUUUUAUAUAUGUAUUUAAAUAUUUAAUAUCUUAUUUCGUAAGUUAGUUC